AUGGCAGAGACGACCCCAAAAAUCAAGAUUAUGGCGGGUGCCACGCCAGACCUAUCUGCAGCUACAUUCCAAAUUUUCGACGAGUCGCAUACGAUUGGAAAUGCUCUACGGUGGAUGAUCAUGAAAAACCCGAAGGUGGAGUUUUGUGGAUAUAGCGUGCCCCAUCCUUCCGAAAACCUCAUUCAGCUACGAAUACAGAUGUAUGAUGGACUCUCGUCCUUGAAUGCGCUCCUUGAAGCACUGACAAAUCUUGAUGCCGUAUGUGAGACCGUCGAAAAAAAGUAUCACGCAAGUCUUGCUACGAAUGACUAUGAGCGAUGGGAGGAGAGGAGCUAG